UUCAAAAUGCCGAACAACUCCGUUACACGUCUAAAAAUUCAGCUGCAGGAGCCCAAUCCGUUGUUUACGCGCUGGCUGGAGCGUUGGCUGCGGGAGGCCGAGCAGCGCAAUCACAAAUCACAGCACAAGCUUAAGCAGGCUCUGCAAGCUCUGCACAGUUAUCCGUUGCCGCUGUACUCUGGCCGCGAAUGCGCCGUGCUGCGCGGCUUUGGCAGCACGCUGUGCCAACUGAUCGACGAUGAGCUGCGUCAGCACAAAAUGAUGGCCAGCCAUGUCAUGGCCAGUGACACUACCGAGCGGUAUCAGCAGCAAGUGCAACAAGUGGUCGAGGCGGUGCAGCAACAACAAGCAACGGAAGCGGCCAGCAUCAAUAAAAAACCCAAAAAGCUAACCAAAAAGGCACAGCAGGAAAUGGCGGCUGCCGAGGAACGGGAACGCUUUGUUCACAUGGACGCCGGCAGCUUUGAGAUUUUUCUGCUGGUGGACACGCAGGAGACGAGCGGCAAGAACAAACGCGUGCUGGACCAAACCCGCAGCUAUCUGCAGUCGCUUGUGGUGCAGCACGAGGUGCGUCGCCUAACCGUGGGCGAUUUCCUAUGGAUAGCACGCGACGCGGCUGGCAACGAGCUGGUCCUGCCCUACAUUGUCGAGCGCAAGCGCAUGGACGAUCUCGCCUCCAGCAUACGCGACGGCCGUUUUCACGAGCAGAAGCACCGACUCCGCCAAUGCGGUAUCCCGCAUGUCAUCUACCUGAUCGAGGACUAUGGCGACAAUCAGCAUGUGGGCCUGCCGCUGGACUCACUGGAGCAGGCGCUGGUCAAUACGCGUAUCCACUGCGGCUUCCAUGUGGUGCGCACUGACAACCACUACCGCUCUAUGAGCUAUCUGGCUGGUGUUACGCGUACAUUGGUGCUGCUCUACGGCGCCAAAUUCCUGCACAGUGUAGAUAAGCAGUCGCUGCAUCCCAUCUGCCCCAGCGACGCACGCGUCGGGCUGCUCAAGUUUCGUGCCCUCUACGAGGAUUCGGCCCGCAAUGCGCAACUCACAGUGCGCGAGGUUUUUGUCCAGCAGCUGCUGCAGAUUCAUUCGCUUUCGUUGGAGCGUGCUCUGGCCAUUGUGGAGCGCUAUCCCACGCCCCGCCUCCUCCUCGAUGCCUAUGCCGUCUGCGAGACUGCGGCUGAAGGGCGGCGCUUGCUUGCAUCCAUUCCCUGCGGACCUCUGCAACGUCCCUUGGGCGAACAACUGAGUCAGUGCAUCUACGAGUUCUACACCAAUGAGUUCAACUAGAUGUAUUACUAGUUUCUUAUUGGUGGAGUGGCUUUCAAUUUGUGUUAGCAAUUUUAUUUAAGUAUCAGUUAAUAGGACAUAUCUACUUGUAAUAUUAUAUACAUGUAAUUAUACAUAAAGAGCUUAAAUUCAGCUUAAAUUGAAUAUAUUCAUCGA